AAAAUAUGAAAAUAAGGGCUGAAGUUUUGCCACCAAAACCAACCAACAGCCAUGGGUUCUACAACUGCAAGGCUACUGAUUCCCCAUCUUCUUUUUCCCUCUUCUUCGUCUUCUUCUUCUUCUUCUUCUUCUUCUUCUUCUCACAAUCCAUCAACCAACCCUCACACCAAAUCUUCAAAACCCCUUUCAUUUCCCAACCAUAAUUCAUUACCAACCAGGCGUUUGUUGCUCUUCUCCCUCCCCAUAGCCACUGCCUUUCUUCUCCCAAUUCCGAACAAUCCAAUUCAACCCAGUUCUUCCUUUGCUGUGGAGAGCUUUGACCCUGUCAGCCGUUCCGAGAAAGAAGCCAGUGCCGCCAUUUCACGAAGAGUAUCUGAAGCUGUGGAGCUUCUCGAUAAAGGCAGGGAGUUGCAAGCUCUUGGUGAUUUCAAUCAAGCUCUUCUCUACUUCACUCAGGUAAUUGAUAAAUAUAAAGAUUUUGCUUUCUCGGACUAUGCCCGAGUAGGCAGAGCGUUGGCCCUGUACGAGAUUGGUGACCGAGAAGAAGCAAUUGCAGAGAUGGAGGAUGUUUCCAUAUCAUUGAAGGGAUAUCCAGAAGUGCAUGCGGCAUUGGCUGCAGCUUUAUACGUGGAUAAGCAUGCUGCAUUGCUGGCUGAAAAUCAAUUCACCAUUGCAACCUUGCUUGAUCCUCACUAUGUGGAUAUCUCGUAUGUGAAAGAAACAAAGCACUGGCCUCCUAGUUUGAUCAGUUCUUUGCAACAUUUCUUAACACUUUCUUAGACAUUUGUAAUAAAAUAUAUAUACAGUUUCUGUCAUAAAAAACUCAAUUCCUUGUUUUGUAAGUGCACAAAAUGUAUUACACUUUAAACAUCCAUGUAAUUAUUAGUAGAAAUAUAGUUUAUAUUUAGUCUCCUA